GGGUUAUUAUAGUUUGUAUGGAGGGGCAACUACACAAUAUCCCAUGUAUGGAGCUGGCGCAGCAGCAGCCUACUACCCCUAUCUGAAUUUCAGGGAAGGGAGUGGCGGAGCAGGCAACUACAAUGCAGGUGCCGGACAGGGCUACACUGUCCAGUACCCACACCACCUCUAUCAGUAUUCCGCCAUUAAUGGAACCGGGGGUUAUCAACAGCACUAUGGUACCCAUCUGCCUCCCACACCUCUGUUGCAAUCAGGUUUGUAG